AUGGGAAAUUAUGAGACUGUCAUGCUGACACAAGAAUGUAGCACCAUUAUACAAGAAAGUAUUCCAAAGAAAAUGCGAGAUCCAGAGAGUUUCACCAUUCCCUACUCCAUUGGAGGAGUUUACAUAGGGCAUGACCUAUGUGACCUUGGAGCUAGCAUCAAUCUCAUGCCAUUAUCAAUCUCUAGGCAACAGGGAAUGGGAGAACUUGUACCCACAACAGUUACUUUGCAACUAGCAGACCAUUCUUUGGUAUAUCCAGAGGGAAUUAGACGAUGUGCUAUGAAGGUGGAUAAAUUUAUUUUGCCAGUUGAUUUCAUUAUAUCGGACUACGAAGCUGAUCAAGAUAUACCUAUCAUUUUGAUAAGACCCUUCCUAUCCUUAUGA